GAUGACUCAUGUGACAAGUUCCAACUUCUUUUUAAAGUCAAAUUUAGCUGAAGUCUCUUUGCUGCCGUUGAAAUCUUUGGAUAGAGACCACCUUCAAGCAUUCUUAAUAUGGGAGCAUCUGCUGGUUCCAAUAUAAUGAAAUGGCUGCUCUGGGUUCUCCUGGGGUGCUCCUCUGCCAUGGCACAACUGCACAAAGAUCCCACGUUGGAUCACCACUGGGAUCUCUGGAAGAAAACCUAUGGCAAGCAAUACACGGAACAGAAUGAGGAAGUAACACGACGUUUCAUCUGGGAAAAGAAUCUAAAAUUUGUGAUGCUUCACAACCUGGAGCAUUCAAUGGGAAUGCAUUCAUAUGAUCUAGGCAUGAACCACCUGGCAGACAUGACCAGUGAAGAAGUAAUGUUAUUGAUGAGUUCCCUAAGAGUUCCCAGCCCAUGGCAGAGAAAUGUCACUUACAAGUCAAACCCUAAUCAAAAAUUACCUGAUUCUAUGGACUGGAGAGACAAGGGGUGUGUUACCGAAGUGAAAUACCAGGGUUCUUGUGGUUCCUGUUGGGCUUUCAGUGCUGUGGGGGCCCUGGAAGCACAGCUGAAGCUGAAGACAGGAAAGCUGGUGUCUCUGAGUGCCCAGAACCUGGUGGAUUGCUCAACUGAAAAAUACAGCAAUAAAGGCUGCAAUGGUGGAUUCAUGACACAGGCUUUCCAAUAUAUCAUUGACAACAAUGGCAUCGAUUCAGACGCUUCCUAUCCCUAUAAAGCCAUGGAUGGAAAGUGCCAGUAUGACUCAAAAUAUCGAGCUGCCACAUGUUCAAACUAUGUUGAGCUUCCUUUUGGUAGUGAAGAGGCCUUGAAAGAAGCUGUGGCCAAUAAAGGACCUGUGUCUGUUGCUAUAGAUGCGAGCCAUCCUUCUUUCUUCCUCUACAAAAGUGGUGUCUACUAUGACCAAGCCUGUACUCUAAAUGUGAAUCAUGCUGUAUUAGUGGUUGGCUACGGUAACUAUAAUGGGAAAGACUACUGGCUGGUGAAAAACAGCUGGGGCCUCCACUUUGGUGAACAAGGAUAUGUUCGGAUGGCAAGAAAUAGCGGAAAUCAUUGUGGGAUUGCUAGUUAUCCCUCUUACCCAGAAAUCUAGAGGAUCUCUUCAUUAUAUAACAAGUCAAGAAAGAUGUAACACUUUCUCUUCAAUUUUACCUGCUAUAACCAGUAGAAAUAAGUGUGUCAUGAUCAAUGUAAAUAUAUAGUUUGACUCUUCUACUUUUUUAACUUUGCAGAUCUUGAAAAAAAUUGCAAAGUAAAAAUUAAUAAUAUAUUGUAGAUAUAACUGUAUGAGAAUUAGUCAACCUAAUCCAAUUUAUCAUUGUCUUAUUUUACCUCUUUGUCUUUUUAUGUCCCUUGAUAUCCUUUUGUAACUUGAUGAAAUAUGCUUAAUAAUUAUCUAUCUUUUCAACUUAGUAUCAUUACCACAUAACAUUCUUUUCUUAUUCUUAGGUAAUACUAUAAUCUGUCAUGAGAAUGUAAAUUGUGGUAUGCUGGUGAUGGGCUAUGGCAACUUCAAUGGAAGAAACUAUUAAGUUAUUAAUGUGGCUCAGAUUGUAUCUUUGCACAUAAAAGUAUUCAAUAAAUAUUUUAAAUGAAACAUUUAUUAAAGUAGACAAAUGCUUAAGAGACUGUUUUCACACACUUUGCAAGAUUUAAUGAUCAAUAACUAAUAUACUAAUUCAAUUAUUAGCAAUUUGGCCAGGACCUUUUUGGAGCAAAUAAUGAAGUCAACCUGAAUAAAAUAACCAAACUGCAUUUGUUUUGAUAUUUAAUAUUCCAUUACUCAUUUUUAUCUACUUCAGAUUGAUCUUUCCUCACAACUGCUAUAGAUAUGUAAAUGGGUUCUGAAAAGGCAGCAAGAACUUUAAAUUUUAUAAGCUCAUGCCUACGACAUAAAAUGUGUGCGGGAUGAUGUCAUUAGUAUAUCUUAAACUGAACUUAAACUAAUUUCACUAUCUCUUAAUCCCUCCCCAUAAAGUACAUUUCCCCCCAUAAAGUACAUUUCCCCCCAUAAAGUACAUUUUAAAGAACAAGGAUUGCUAACUAUAAAAACAUGGUUAUGCUAUAUAACUAUCAUCAAAUGUACAUAUAGAGAAACAUUAUAAUUAAAAAGUAUUUAGUUAAGCUCUGGCCGGUGUGGCUCAGUUGGUUGAGUGUCACCCCAUGCACCAAGAGGUCGCAGGUUCAAUUCAGGGUCAGGGCACAUGUCUGGGUUCAGGCUCCGUCCCCCACUGGGAUAUGCAGGGGGCAGCUGAUCGAUGUUUCUCUCUUUCUCCCUCUCCCUUUCCCUCUCUCUAAAAUCAAUAAAAACGUAUUUUUUAAAAAGGUA